AUGAAGCCAACAAAAUAUUUUAAUUUGACAAUUGUUUCUAUGGCAGCAGUUUUGCAGAAGAAACGGCUUUCAGACAAGAAAAUUGCUCAAACAAGGCGAAAGAAGAGAGAACUUGGUGGAGGAAGUCUGCAUAGUGCAGGACUUGAUUUUUCGUUCAAUGGAGAUAAGAUGGAGACUUGUGCCGACUUAGAAGACAUUCCUGGGCGAGUUGAUGAGUCGUGUCCAAUGACUGGAAAUUUCACCGACGGACUUGCAUGCAAUAUCAACUGCGAUAGCGGCGAUACGAUACCUGUUAAGUGCGAGUGUAGAUAUCUCGAAGAUGGGCCAAUGAGACUCUUUAUGGGCUGUCACUACGCUUUUGAGGAGGGAGAGUGUCCCGAAGUAGAAGUCGCUGAAGAAAUAUCAGAAGACGAUGAGCUAGAAUCACCUUCGUUGCCGACUGAAAGAAUUGAAGAAAACCUUGCAACUGACCCAGAAAAAUUUCACAAGCUGGAAUUCGACCAUCAAUAUCCGCACAAUUCGCUUCCUCAAAACGACCCUCCUUUAGCUCAGCAUCUUCAAUCGUUUUACCCAGCCAAUCCCUACCCUCCUGUUCAAUACCCACCUCAAUAUCCGUUCCAACAACAUCAACAGCAGCCGUAUUAUCCAAUGAUGCAAAUGCCUCCGUCCCAACUCAUGCCUCCAGAAACAACCAUCGAGGAUCAAAAUUUAGCUGACACCAAGGAGCAUUUUGCGAAGUUUUUCUCGGCAAUGGAGAAGCAAGAAAAUUCAAUAAUGAAGAUUUCUGGUCAAUUCACCCUCUCGAAGUCCUCCGAAUUGUCAAAAAACAUCCCGUUUGCGACACAAAAAGCUCUAAUUGAGCGAGAAAUCGAGUCUUUAGCUAACGACGGUCAUUUUUUCGAGGACUUUUCAAUCGAAUCCGCCUCUUUUCGCACUGAAAAUGCUCUAGAAACCCCUUUUCUCGAGGACCAUCAGAACUCAUUUUUCGACUUUGACUUUACCGCCCUUAUUGACAUCAAUAAUGAUCAUAAGCUUGGCGAUGAUGAGUCAUUAAUUGACAUUAAUAACAACUGUGAUGAUAAAAAAGUAUCAUCCUUUUUAGAAGAAAGUUUAAAAGAUUUAAACGGACUUGUUUCAAGUUCGAUAAUCGUUUUAAACUGCGACAUGAUUUCACAGGAAUCUCUGAGGCUUCACUCGAUAGAGAAUUAUUUGAAAGACAUAACGAUGGUAGUGCAAAGUUUCAUGCAAACAAAGAAGCAAUUGGAGGACCUUCAAGAAGAUAUUCUAAAAGAAUCCAUGACCACAACUCAGUCUCCAUCAUCAACAACGUCAUCAUCAGACCCGACCGACAUCGAAAACUGGAAGAAAGAUCUUGAAAACAGUGUUUUGGAAAAGUUCGAGGAGCUAAAAACCAUGAUUGCAAGCUCUAAUCUACCAAAAACAGAUUCCCCAAAUGACUCAAAAACGGAAGACAACGACGAUUACAAGCUUGACGCAAAACUCUAUGAAGACGAUGCUGAUGGUGAUGAUGAUCUCGACGAAGAAAUGGCUUUUGAAAUGCGUCGACGAGCGCCACUACCCGUUUUGGAAAACAACAAUAAUAUGCGACCUGGAAGAAGACAUCCGAAAUUCGUGAAAAUUGUACGAUUUUAA